CGCGGACUGAUGAUCCAGCUGCUGUGCGCGCGCGCGUGUGUGUAUGUGUGUGUAAAUAGAAAUAUAUAUAUAUAUAUAUAUAUAAGUGUGCGUGUGAGAGUGUGUGUGCGCGCUGACAUGGAAACAACUGUGGUUCCCUGUUGAAACCGGACACAUUCCGGUGUUUCACGGCGGCGGCACCGGGUGGUGGGAGGAGGGGGGGGGAACCGCGCAACGGAGCGACCGAAGAAAACUUCUCCCACCGCCGCCGCACUCAUGUGAUCGGAGCCAUGUCCAGGAGCCUGAAGCGGAGGAAGAACCACUGGACCGGCAAAGUCCACGAGAGCGUCCUCCGCAGGGACGAGCAGGGCCGGCCGGGGCUGGAGCUGCAGGGCGGCGCGGAGCAUGGACUCUUCCCCGUCGUCGGCGAGCUCCCCGCGGGCGGCGCGGCGUGCCACAGCGGCAGGCUGCUCCAGGACGAGCUGCUGCUGGAAGUCAACGACACCCCGGUGGCCGGGCUCACCACCCGGGACGUGCACGCCGUGGUCAAACACAGCAAGGACCCGGUGCGACUCAAGUGCGUCAAACAAGGGGGCGUGAUAGACAAGGACCUGCGCCACUACCUCAACCUGCGCUUCCAGAAAGGCUCUGUGGACCACGAGCUGCAGCAGAUCAUCCGGGACAACCUCUACCUCCGCACCGUCCCCUGCACAACCAGGCAGCCCAAGGAAGGAGAGGUCCCGGGGGUGGAUUAUAAUUUUGUGACCAUUGACCGGUUUAUGGAACUGGAGAAAAGCGGAGCCCUGCUAGAGAGCGGAACGUAUGAAGAUAACUUUUACGGUACCCCGAAGCCUCCGGCCGAGCCCAGCGCUCUGCUGCUCAAUGUAACGGACCAGCUGCUGCCGGGCGCCAGACCCAGCUCCGAGGGCAAGAGGAAGCGGAACAAGUCGGUCAGCAACAUGGAGAAAGCCAGCAUCGAGCCCCCCGAGGAGGAAGAGGAGGAGAGGCCAGUUGUCAACGGCAACGGCAUCGCUGUCACCCCAGAGUCCAGCGAGCAUGAGGACAAGAGCACAGACGCCUCAGGGGACAUCGCCCCGCAGAACAGCCCAGCGGAGGCCUCCACCGAGCCGCCCAAAGACGACGGACAGUCGCCAAAUAUCACGGUGCCCAAACUAGAGGAGAACGACGAGCUCGGGCCCCUGCCGGACAACUGGGAGAUGGCGUACACAGAGAAAGGAGAAGUCUACUUCAUAGACCACAACACCAAGACAACAUCGUGGCUGGACCCGAGGCUCGCCAAGAAGGCAAAGCCGCCCGAGGAAUGCAAAGAGGACGAGCUUCCGUACGGCUGGGAGAAAAUCGAUGACCCCAUUUACGGCAGCUACUAUGUCGAUCAUAUAAACAGAAGGACCCAGUUCGAGAACCCAGUCCUGGAGGCCAAGAGGAGACUCCAGCAGCAGCAGCAGAUGCAAAGCCAGGGUCUGUCCUCACUGCCCCUCCCCACCAUCUACAGAGUGGAGGAUGCCAAACCCUGUGCCACCCUCCCCAGAUCCGCCCUCACGCAGGUCGGCCCGGUGCCCGAGCGCUGCCACAGCCUGGGCGACCUCUCGUGCUCGCCAACUCUGUGCCGCAGGGCCGCCGUGUACGCUACCUCCUCCUCCACCGAUGUCUCCCCGCUCCGGCGUGUUCUGACUCGGCGGAUGAAUAUGUGCCCCCACCAACAGCAGCGGCGGCAGCGGCGGCAGCAGCAGCAGCCACUUCACACCUCCGCCUGUGCUGUGGUGCUAGAGCAGCCUGUCUGUAGCCCCUACUCCCUGUGGCACUUCGUCAAGAAGCCGCUGUUCACGCGGGACCCGACUCAGCUGAAAGGCAGCUUCUUGUCCACGCCGCUCCAAAAGAGUAACAUGGGCUUCGGCUUCACGAUCAUCGGAGGCGACGAGCCCGAUGAAUUCCUCCAGGUCAAGAGCGUCAUCCCCGACGGGCCGGCUGCAGCUGACGGGAAAAUGGCCACAGGCGACGUCAUCGUCUACAUCAACGACGUGUGCGUCCUGGGCACCACCCAUGCCGACGUGGUUAAGCUCUUCCAGUCGGUGCCCAUCGGCCAAAGCGUGACGCUGGUGUUGUGUCGUGGUUAUCCUCUGCCCUACGACCCGGAGGAAGCUGCCAACACCAACAACAACACCACCACCACCACCACCAUCAUCUCCCCGCUGGGCAUCAUGGAGCAGCGGCCCAUCAUGGUGAACGGCAGGACGGGCUACGACAACUACCUGGAAUAUCUCUCCCGCACGGCUCGCUUCGUCACGGACCCCAGUCAGGACCAGGUCAACGCCCAGCAGCUCCUCCCGCCUCAUCCAGGCGACACCCACUUGGACGGCUCCCUCCCGCCCACCACUGGCACCACGCCUCCCGACAGCGUCUCCAUGGCGUCGUCGGGGGCGACCCAGGGGGAGCUGCUGACCCUCACCAUGGUGAAGGGAGCGGACGGCUUUGGCUUCACUAUCGCCGACAGCGCCACGGGCCAGCGCGUUAAACAGGUGCUGGAGCCUCAGGGCUGCCCGGGCCUGUGCGAGGCGGAUCUGAUCGUGGAGAUUAACAAGCAGCCGGUUCAGGGAUUCACACACACACAGGUGGUGGAGCUGCUCAAGGAGUGUGCCGUCGGAUCCGAGACCAGCCUGGUGGUGCAGAGAGGGGGAACAGGUCACUAUUCACCCUGGAAGAUCCCUAAGCAGGUGCUGGAGCAGUGGGAGUCCCAGCAGGGCCAGAGCAGCCCCGCUCAGACCAGCCUGUCGGCCCCCGUUAUCCCCCACAGCGCCCCCUUCCCGACCCACCAUCUUCACAGGGCCUCGGUCCCAGACUCAGCCUCCGAGGCCCUGGCUAAACCAGACCCCUAUGACCUUUAUGAGAAGUCCAGGUCUAUCUUUGAGAGUAGGCAACCCGGCCAACCAAGGACUGUGUUUCCUGUAGACUUGACAGGAGCGGAGUACCAGGACAUCGAGGUCCACCUGCGCAGGCAGAAAUCUGGGUUUGGGUUCCGGGUGCUUGGGGGCGAUGAGGCCGGGCAGCCUGUGAGUCCGGAGACGCGUGAGAAGAUCUUGAUCGGGGCGAUCAUCGAGAAGAGUCCGGCAGAUCUAGACGGACGCUUGCGGCCCGGUGAUGAGCUGCUGUUCGUGGACGGGAUCCCGGUGGUGGGGAAACCUCACCGAUACGUGAUUGACCUGAUGCACGGGGCGGCACGAAACGGUCAGGUCAGCCUGGUCAUCAGGAGGAGAGUGCAGGCGCCAGGUGAGCCCUGUCCGGAGAACGGCCGCAGCCCCGGCUCGGUCUCCACGCAGCACAGCUCCCCGCGCAGCGACUUCACGUACGGCAACAGCACCGGCACCAACCCGGCGCCCAACACCUGCGUGGGCAACGCGGCCUCUUCGGACGGGACGUCGACUCCAAGCGCUCAACCCAGUGACGUCAUCAUCAACAGAAAGGAGAGCGAGGGCUUCGGCUUCGUCAUCAUCAGCUCGCUGAACCGUCCCGAGGCGGCCGCCGCUAACACUGUGCCCCACAAAAUUGGCCGCAUCAUCGAGGGAAGCCCGGCCGACCGCUGCGGGAAGCUGAAGGUGGGAGACAGGAUCCUGGCGGUGAACAGCCAGUCCAUCGUCAACAUGCCACACGCCGACAUCGUCAAGCUGAUCAAGGAUGCAGGCCUCAGCGUCACCCUGAGGAUCAUACCGCAGGAAGAGAUCAGCAACCCCCCAUCGGCCCACAGCUCGGAGAAGCAGAGCCCCAUGGCGCAGCAGCACAGCCCUAAGACGCAGCCCAGCAUCGUGGCCUCCGAGCCCAGCCCAGCAGCCACGGAACUCAACCCCUCCGUCAGCCAACCCAACCCGGUGCCCCAUCAGAGCCCUGUGACCCAGCUGCCCGCCCCUCCGCCGCCGACCUACAUCCACGAGAGCAGUUACAGGUCAGAAGUGAAAGCGAGGCAGGACGUCAAACCGGACAUCCGACAGCCGCCGUUCACGGAUUACCGACAGCCGCCGGUGGACUACCGGCACCCGCCUGUGGCCGACUACCGGCAGCCGCCCACGCUGGACUACAGACACCCGCCGCUGCUCGACUACAGACAGCUCGCCGCCGACACCAGGCAGUACAUGCCUGAUUACAGAAUGCCACCAGUUCAGCUCACACAGGACUUCGACUUCUUCACGGUGGAGCUGGACAAAAGUGUGAAGGGCUUCGGUUUCAGCAUCCGUGGGGGGCGGGAGUACAAGAUGGACCUGUUUGUCCUACGACUGGCGGAGGACGGACCGGCCAUCCGCAACGGGAGGAUGAGGGUCGGGGAUCAAAUCAUUGAGAUCAAUGGCGAGAGCACCCGGGACAUGACCCACGCCCGAGCCAUCGAGCUGAUCAAGUCCGGAGGUCGGCGUGUCCGUCUUCUCCUAAAGAGGGGGACAGGGCAGGUCCCAGAGUACGGAAUGGUAUCUUCCAGUCUCUCCAUGUGCAUGAAAAGUGACAAGCAUGGCUCCCCCUAUUUCUUCCUAAUGGGCCACUCUAAAGACACGGUUUGUGACCAUCCCAACGUUUCUCUCUUCCCUUUAACCCGGGCGUUUUGUGCUGUGGUUUGUGUGUUUGUGUGUGUUGCUGUUUUGCUGUGUUGGUGUAAACAACUGUUCAAGAUGCACUUUCAUAUCCAAACAGCUUGUUUUAUGACCUUGGACGCCUCAGACGGUUGAAGACUCUUUUGCCUUUCCGCUCUCAGAUUUCUCUCCAAGCUGCAGGAUGUUGUAAAAAUCUCCCGUCCUGACUGGAAGAUAAAUCAGCAGCUACCUGCAGCCCCACAGAUAGAGCAAAUCGAGCGUUCACCCUGAGUCAGCCGGAGGAGAUGAACGUAAAAUAUCCCGGCCGAUUAUUUACCCUGUGAAAUUUCCCCGUAGCUCGAAUUGAGCCCGGAAGGGGACGUUUAUUUGUGUGACACUGCGGGUAAUAAAACUCUUAAUGCGUCACUCACUCCUGUUGCAACCUCCCACUCGAGGGAAAGCCAUUUUAGGCAGGAACCCGACGCCACUAAAGCCCAAAAUGACACAUGUUCAUGAGCGAUUGCCUUCGGAGUCCUUAAACACAGGAAACGCAGUUUGGUGAGGUCGUCUCCCUGCGUCUGCUCCUUUUUUUGUCAACCUCCUUCCGGCCCGAGAUUAAAUUUGUCUGCGUGAAGUGCUUUUGUACUAUUUGCCUUGAGGAGGCCUUGAAAUGUGCACACGGGGAGUCUUACUGUGGUCAUCCAGGAGACACAGUGCUCCAUCAUCGCAAAUCUUCUGUGGUGUUUCGGCAGCUCUCCAAGUACAGGCAGCGUUUUUUAACCCACACGCUCCGUUCUGCUCCGCUCUGUUCCGCGUGGGCUUGAUUCAGCAUUUCAUCACUCGUAGUUUACAGGCACUUUAUUUGCAUACUUGAAGGUUAAGCAAAUCAUCUAUGGAGAUUAAUUAGGCCAUUUAAAACAUUAGCAUAAUAAUGUUCAAGGGAGCGAGUUAUUUUCGUUUCACGUUCUCGUGCUGCGCUUUUCAGGAAACGGCUAAAAGCGAAAACAAAGAGCAGUGUUUGCAUAAAGGCAUACGGCUGUGUGCACGUGCAUGCCUGUGAUUGCGUUGCCUGUCUCUGUGUUGCAUUGUGUGAGGUUUUGUGUGUCUGUCUCGUGUGAGAUCUGAACCUGAAGGGCACGUAUUUAUCAAAGUCCUUCUACUCUACAUCAAAUUGACACGACAGCAAACUAUAGAGUGACAUGAAAUAAUUAAUCACGGCCGCACACGGUGAUAAAUUCUGUUGGGCUCCGUUGUGUCGCCCCUGCUCACUGAACUGAAACACAACUGAACCGUGGAUAUUACCCAUGAGCCCCGGCUUCCUGAACACAACUGAUCUGCAGUUCAGCUUCACUCAGUCAGUUCCACAUGUCUCACAGGAGAUCAAACCCACUCACUGAAGUUACAUAGAGCAAGGACAGACGUUGAGGGUGAGGACUGGGAGUGAGAGAGGAAACAUUCUCAUUUUCGAACAGAUUUUUCUUUAAUCGUCUGUCUGAUUACUGUGGUCGAUGCAAGAAGAACAGACGGAUUAAAUAAAUCUUUACUUUAGGGGCGAUGUAGCUCAAAACCAGAUCAUAAACUUCCCAUAAUGCAACUUUCAUCUUCCGUUAGAUGAUCCCCGCCGAGUAAACAUCUGUCCAACUCAGGGCCUGAAGUUUGUGAUGCUGUCGAUGUUACUUGAUUAAUUUCCUCAGACUUCAGAGGCUCCUUUAAAGCAACAUAAGAUAUUACAUAUAUAUUUCAGAUAUUACAGUAUCCCUGUGACUAUAGAUUCUCUCCUUUAACAUAUGGAAUUAAAACCAAACAUCUUCUAUAUGGGUGAAAACAUAAGAAACCAUCAAAAUAAAACUCACUGAAGACACAUUCUAAGGUGAGUAUUUAAAAUCUGUUUGCAAGACGCCAUAAUCAAUACAUUUUAACAAAAAGACAAUGGAAAAUAGCAUCUGUAUUUUUCUAACAAACCUUUUACCAGGCUGUGACUUACAGCUGCACACGACCUCCCAGACACACAGUUAGCGUGAAGCUGGGGAACCUAAUGGAGCAUUGAGCAGCUGAAGAGCCAGAUGUUUCCCUCGGGAGUCGCUGAAGUGCAAACUGGGAUUAAAGGAGGAGCGCGUGUUGGGAGUUGUGUUCAUCAGGUGGACACAAACACUCCAGAGGAAUCAAUAACAACAGAUCAACAACUUUUAAUGAGGAUAUGUAGGUGUUAAGGUUAAAGUUAGUGUCCCAAAAAAACAGAAAGCUGUCCAGACGAUUGGGUUCAGACUCUCUCUGGCGUUUUUCUUUUCACAUAUGAAGAACAAAGCAAGAGAUUCACAACAAUGGGAAAAUGUCCAGGGGCUUCUGGGUAUUAUUUCCACUGCUGAAAUCGCGUGUUUUGAUUUACAACACAUCGAUACCAGCAUCUGCUCUUAUCGCCAAAAGCUCUCGUAUCUCUUGGUAAUGUUUUGUGAAGUCCAGCAGGGGACACACACAUGGGACCAAAUGGCUCUAAUGUCCCUCCCCGUGCAGGACAGAAGUUCCUGUGUCCUCAGAAUGACCAGGUUCCCUUGUUUCUCCCUCUCAGUCCUCUAUCUAGUCUGCUCCCUCUUUAUAAUUGGGCCUCGCGGUGCCAGUGUAGUUAGCCCUGGCCUCUGCCCCCUGCCCAGCCCGCUGAAAGUGACCGAUGGCCGGGACUCAUCAGUGCAGAAGCGGAAGCUAACAGUCCGUGAGAGUGGAGGGCCGAGCUGUAGAUUCACUGCAGCUGGAUACACUCCUCUUCAGGCCAGAGAGAGAGAGAGAGAGAGAGAGAGAGGCACUUGGCCCCUGAGGUUUUUCAUUCUCACUAAAGCACCACCCUAUUGGGCACAUCAUCCAUUUCAUUAAACCUGUUUUCGAUUUUCCGCCAAGGUUUUAGAUUGGCCGAGGCUUUAAGGAGAGCAACGGGAGGCAGAUUGAUGUUGUCUAAAAGUAGAGUCGUCCUGUCACACGCUCUGAAGUGGGUUGUCGUGCUGCGCUGAUAUUUACUUUAAUGCUUUUAGCUUGUAGAAUAGGAAUGAUUGCUGUGGUGAUUAUUUUUUGUUUUGAUUUAGUGUUUGGUUUUGGUUUUGCAGUGGCAUGCAUGCAAGCUUUGAACUUUAACUUGUGCAUGCGCGUGUGUGUGUUUGCGUUGCUUUGGUAUUAUUGACUGUGUGUGUGUGUGUUCCAGACAAUGCUGCCCCAUGGGAUGCUCGCCCUUCAGCCUCCCCAAGCCUGUCGGAAGUAGCCCCUCCCAUCGACAGCCUUUCCAUGUCAUCGCCUUCAUCUCAUCUGGCCCCGGCCCCCGACCCAUCUCACCUGCUGCCUCUGGAC